AUGGGUGGCUGCUUCUGCAUUCCCGGGGAGCCGAGUCUGUCCUGGGGCCCAGGUAAAGAAACUCCUUCUAAGGAUCCAGCCAUAUCGAGUGAGUUUAUAGCCUCAUCUGAAGACCAGGAAAAAUGUUUCCUGCCACAGAAUAUGACUCCAGAUCUGACCCUCUCCUUCAGUGUGAAGAGCCGCCGCAGGAGGUGUGUAAACGGCCCCCUGCAGGAAGCGGCCAGGAGGCGGCUCUGGGCACUGGAGAAUGAGGACCAGGAGGUGCGUGCACUGUUUAAGGACCUCUCAGCUAGGUUGGUGGGUAUCCAGUCCCAGAAGGCUCAGUUCCUCAUCACCUUCAAGACCAUGGAGGAAAUCUGGAAGUUUUCCACCUACUUGAACUUAGGCUAUGUCUCUGUAUGUCUGGAACAUCUACUCUUUGACCAUAAGUACUGGCUCAACUGCAGAUUGGUGGAAGAUACUGAGAUCCAAGUGUCAGUGGAUGAGAAACACCUGGAAACGAUAUACCUGGGACUUCUGAUACAGGAAGGCUACUUCUUCUGCAGAGCCAUGUGCCCCGUGGCUCAGCCACCUGAGAAGGAAGGGGAGUACUUGACACUUUGGAAGAAGGAGUUAAUCUCCGUGAAAAUAGCUGAAGGCGGAUCCGAGUGGGAGGGCAUGUCCCUGCUGACUGGUCAGCGGGGCCUGGUGCCUGUGUCAGCCCUCGAACCUCUGCCGCUCCCUUUCCACCAAUGGUUCCUAAAGAAUUAUCCAGGAAGCUGUGGCCUUUCCAGGAAGAGGGAUUGGACGGGCUCCUAUCAGAUCGGCAGAGGGAAAUGUAAGGCCUGGAAAGAAUAUGAGAGGGAAGACAAGGAUGAACUGAAUUUUCACCGGGGAGAAAGCAUCGAGAUCAUCGGCUUUGUCAUUCCUGGGCUUCAGUGGUUCAUUGGGAAGUCGACGCGCUCUGGAGAAGUGGGCUUUGUUCCCACCAGGAACAUAGAUCCUGAGUCUUAUUCUCCAAUGAAUAAGAGCUCAGCCUUUUUCAGUGAUGAGGAGAGAUGCUCUCUGUGGGUCCUGGGAAGCGACAGGAAGGCCGAGUGUGCCAGCUUCCUCCACUCGCUCGCUCAUACUGACAUAGCAUCUGUCUACCGGCUUAGUGGGUUUGAAUCCAUCCAGAACCUUCCGAACGACCUAAGCGUGGCCCGGCCCGAAGGCUGCAAGGAAGCCAGGACUGGUAGAGCCUGGGAGGAGCAUCAGGCUGUGGCCUCCAGAUCUUCCAGCAGCUCCGAGGACUCCAGCCUGGAGGAGGAGCUCCUCUCAGCAGCCUCGGACAGCUAUCACCUGCCAGAGCCUGAUGACCUCGAUGACCCAGAACUGCUCAUGGACCUAAACACCGGUCAGGAAGAAGAGGAGGCUGAGAAUUUCGCCCCCGUGCUGGCUUUCCUGGAUCGUGAGGGUUACGCUGACCACUUCAAGAGCCUCUAUGAUUUCUCCUUCUCUUUCCUCACGUCUUCCUUUUAUAGCUUCUCCGAGGAGGACGAACUUGCGGCCUACCUGGAGGCCUCCAGGAAGUGGGCCAAGCGGAACCGCAUGACCUGGGCCCAUGCCAGGCUCUGCUUCCUCCUGGGCCGGCUGAGCGUCAGGAAGGUCAAACUCUCGCAGGCCAGGGUGUACUUUGAGGAGGCUGUGUACGUCCUCGGUGGGGCCUUUGAGGACCUCUCCUUGGUGGCUGCCCUGUACAUCAAUCUGGGUGCCAUCUACCUGAGGCAGAGGCUGAGGCACAAAGGCUCGGCCCUGCUGGAAAAGGCAGGUGCGCUGCUGGCCUGUUUGCCUGACCGCGAGUGUAGCACCAAGAAUGAGCUCGAUGUGGUGGCCUAUGUGCUGCGCCAGGGAAUUGUGGCAGGCAGCUGUGCCCUGGAGGCCAGGGCCUGCUUCCUGGCCAUCCGACUGCUCCUAGGCCUGGGCCGGCACGAAGAAGUCCUGCCCUUUGCCGAGCGUCUGCAGCUCCUCUCCGGACACCCUCCUGACUUGGAUGCUGUGGCCACCAUCUUGGCGUUUUUGUAUGAUAAGAAGUACCUUCCGCACCUUGCCGUGGCCUCUGUCCAGCAGCGUGGCGCCCAGAGCACCCAAGGGAUGUCGCUCCCAAUUUGGCAGGUCUCCCUGGUUCUUCGGAACACCACCAAGCUCCUCGGGGUCCCCUCGUUCGGCUGGGGUGAAGUCUCGGCCCUGGCCUGCCCAGCACUCAGGCAGGCGCUGGCUGCUUGUGAAGAGCAGGCCAGCCGGAGCACCCAGAGGGCCCUGUGUCUCAUCCUGUCCAAGGUGUACCUCCAACACAGGGCUCCCGAUGGCGCCAUCCGCUACCUGAGCCAGGCCGUGGUGCUGGGGCGGCUGCUGGGCGAGCAGGAAGCCUUCGAGUCUUCCCUGUGCCUGGCAUGGGCUUACCUCAUAGCCAGCCAGGCGAAGAUGGCUCUCGACGUCCUUGAGCCACUCCUACACUCCCAGAAGGAGACAAAGAGUAUCACCCGAAAGGGGGUGGUCCAUAACCUCCUGGGACUCGCACUUCAAGGUGAAGGCCGGGUGAACAGGGCAGCCAAGAGCUACCUCCACGCUCUGAGCAGAGCUCAGGAAGCAGGGAACGUGCGUAACCAGGCGGUGACUUUGGCCAAUCUCGGCCACCUGACCCUUAAGUCCCGGGCUCAACAGCCGGCCAAGGACUAUCUCCUGCGGGCCGUCCGGCUCUAUUCGGAACUCCGGACCAGUGUGGAGACCGACAUGGAAUUAGUGCAGGUGCUUCUCUGGCUGGCCCAAGCCCUGGUGUCUGGAUGCCAGCUGGCCAGCGGCCGCCUUUGUUAUGAAAUGGCAUUGCUGUUAGGCUUAAGGCAUCGGCACCUAAAGAGUCAGCUUCAGGUCACCAAAUCCCUCUGCCAUUUCUACAGCUCCGUAUCCCCAAACCCCGAGGCGUGCAUCACCUACCAUGAGCACUGGCUGGCCCUAGCUCAGCAGCUCAGGGACCGAGAGAUGGAGGGGAGGCUGUUGGAGUCCCUCGGGCAGCUCUAUCGGAACCUGAACACGGCCAGGUCUCUAAGGAGAUCUCUCACCUGCAUCAAGGAGAGCCUGCGUAUCUUCAUCGACCUUGGGGAGAAAGACAAGGCUGCCGAGGCCUGGCUCGGAGCCGGCCGACUCCACUACCUCAUGCAGGAAGAUGAGCUGGUAGAGCUGUACCUGCAGGCAGCUAUCCAGAAAGCCCUGAAGUCCGAGGAGCCCUCCCUGGCUCUCAAACUCUAUGAAGAAGCAGGGGACGUCUUCUUCAAUGGGACCCGACACAGGCACCGCGCGGUGGAGUAUUACCGGGCUGGGGCUGUUCCCUUAGCGAGGAGGAUGAAGGCCGUGAGGACAGAGCUCCGGGUUUUCAACAAGCUGACGGAGCUGCAGAUCAGCCUGGAAGGCUACGAGAAGGCUUUGGAGUUUGCCACUCUGGCGGCCAGACUCAGCACAGUCAUAGGAGAUCAGAGGCAGGAGCUGGUGGCCUUUCACCGCCUGGCUACGGUGUACUAUUCCCUGAGCAUGUAUGAGAUGGCUGAAGACUGCUACCUGAAGACUUUGUCCCUCUGCCAACCCUGGCUGCAGAGUCCCAAGGAGGCCCUGUACUAUGCGAAGGUGUAUUAUCGCCUGGGCCGACUCACCUUCUACCAGCUGAAGGACGCCCACGAUGCCACCGAGUACUUCUGGCUGGCCCUGGCAGCGGCGGUCCUGCUGGGUGACCAGGAGCUGCAGGAUGCCAUCAAGAGCAGGUUGGACAACGUCUGCCGGAGCGCCCUGUGGCACAGCAGCCCAUCGGGGCGCUCCUCAGAGAGGGCGCGCUGGCUGAGCAGUGGGGGCCUGGCACUCUGAGGACAGCUGUCCUACAUCGGACCAGUGGCCGUGGCCAGAAGCUGCCUCCCUGCCCUGGGCUCCUGGACACUGAUCUGGAGGGUCUCCGUCAUCACCUGGCCCAGCCCCCCAUCUUACAAUGAGCACUGUCCAAAGGGCGGGGCUCAUCCCAGGUGGGCCACACAAGGAGCGGAUGACAGAGCAGGGACUGGGGGUCUGGCUUUGUGUCUAGAGCCUUUCCAGUAGUCUGGCCCUUCCCUACACGCAGCCUCUGAAAUGCACUUUCUCAACACUCCGUUCUAGAGAAAAGGAGAAACCUUGCCCUUAGCGGGGAACCUCUCCCCUUCCCACGGUGGGGAAAUCGGGCACUGCUCUGGAGAGAAGGCAAGCAGAUCGAACUUUGUUCCCUUCAGUGACUUUUCUCAGGGAAAGACCUUCUCCCCGUGCCAGCAGAGAAACCGGGAGCUUCUUUCUUUUGUCAGCCAAAGGGGGCAUCACUCCUGCUUAUGGGGAUUGGCAGGUGGGAAUUCACCAUGCCCUUAGCUCAAGAGAAAGCCCCACAAAGUCCAGCUCAACACACAGGGCGUGGGGUCUGAUGCGGAUUCACCUCUCCCUUCUACCUGAGGCUCUGCUCCUCCGUAACCGCCUGGAAACUCCUGGAGGCUCCCCGAAGGCCAAGGCUUAAACAUUGAACAUGAAGAAAACUCUGGCAUAAGUUACAUGGAAAUAGUGUAUAUUAUUAAAUAUUGCUCUUCUACAUUUA